GAAGCCAACCAAUGAUGGAAGGAGCAGGCAACGAAUCUCGUCGGGGUUUCAUCCUGCUGGGCAUUUCUGGCCAUCCCCAGCUUGAGACGAUCUUUUUUGUUGUCAUUCUCUUCUCUUACCUGCUGACUAUCGUUGGGAACUUAACCAUCAUUCUGCUUUCCCGCCUUGAUGCCCGGCUCCACUCUCCCAUGUACUUCUUCCUCAGCAAUCUCUCUUCCCUAGACCUUGCUUUUACCACCAGCUCAGUCCCCCAAAUGCUGGUCAAUUUAUGGGGACCAGACAAGACCAUCAGCUACGGCGGCUGUGUGACCCAGCUGUAUGUUUUCCUUUGGCUUGGGGCUACUGAGUGCAUCCUGCUUGUGGUCAUGGCUUUUGACCGCUACGUUGCCAUUUGUCAGCCCCUGCACUACAGCAUCACCAUGAGUCCUCAGCGCUGCUGGCUUCUGGCUGCUGCUGCCUGGCUGGGGGGAUUGGGCAACUCGGUGAUCCAGUCAACAUUCACUCUGCAGCUUCCAUUCUGUGGGCACCGGAGUGUGGACAACUUCCUGUGUGAGGUGCCUGCCAUGAUCAAACUGGCCUGUGGAGACACGAAGCUCCAUGAGGCCGUGCUCAAUGGCGUCUGCACCUUCUUCACGGCCAUCCCGCUGAGUGUCAUUGUGGUCUCCUACUGCCGCAUCGCCCAGGCCGUGCUGAGGAUCCGCUCGGCCGAGGGACAGAGGAAGGCCUGGAAUACGUGCCUGUCCCACCUGGCAGUGGUGUUUCUCUUCUACGGCUCAGCCAUCUAUGGGUAUCUGCUUCCAGCCAAGAACAGCAGCCAGGACCAGGGCAAAUUCAUUUCCCUCUUCUACUCAGUGGUUACACCCAUGGUGAAUCCUCUCAUCUACACGCUGAGGAACAAGGAAGUAAAGGGGGCUCUGAGAAGGCUUCUGAGGAAAGGAAGAGAAGGCACUUGAUAUGAGAAAAUUCCUCCGUUGUUUUUUGCUUCUUUAAAUGUAUUCAUUUGUUUCCCUCAUGAUUUUUCUGCCUA